AGAGCCUCUAGAUCUGGCUCCUCGAGGUGAAACUCCCAGUCAUGCGUAGCCCAGCGUCACUCUUUUUAACACUUCUUUUUCUGUUAAAGUCACAUAUGAUUGGUCUACAUUGAGCAAAAGUGUGAGUAGGGCGAUGGACACACUUGGCGGAAAUGGACAGCUGCGUCGCUGAUGCAGACUACACACUGGUCAGGUGGAGAGGGCUAGUGGGAGGGGUCAGCUGGAGUGAAGGUAGCCAGACUCAGAUGGGCCGGACGCAUGAGGAGGAGAGACAUGAGGACGGAGGAUUGUCAUCACCAUGAGAAACACUCAAACAUGGUUUUAAUGCUACGCUGUGACAAAAUCCUGCGAGUGCCUCAUGUGCUGGGCCUCCUGUGCGCCCUGCUCCCCUCCCACCCCCUUCCUUCCAGCAUCAGUGGAAUGUCCAGGGCUUGUUUCCUUCUGGUCUUGCUCUUACUCUGCUGCUUCACUAAGCAGGUCUACACGACGAACUCCUUGGAGCUGCUGAAGGAGCAGUGGAGCAGCUACAGAAACCAGUGUCUGGACAUCAUUGACGGCACUCCACCUGCCUCAGGGGUGGUCUGCAACAGGACCUUCGACCAGUAUGCCUGCUGGCCUGAUGGACUGCCGGGAUCUGUUGUUAACGUCUCCUGCCCAUGGUUCCUGCCGUGGUUCCACAAAGUCCAGCAGGGUUUAGUCUACAGAGUUUGUGACAAAGAUGGCAAGUGGUCACGGAAGAACACCAGUGAAUGUGAGGAUGACCCUGGACAGCAACAGUAUGGGCGCAUCCUCAGCCAGUUUCGGACCAUGUACACGGUGGGGUAUUCUCUGUCUCUAGGUGCUCUGCUGCUGGCUCUGGGAAUCCUCAUCACCUUCAGGAAGCUUCACUGUAUGAGGAACAACAUCCACAUGAACCUUUUUGCCUCCUUCAUCCUGAGAGCAGUGUCUAUUCUGGUGAAGGACGCCCUGUUGACCCUAACCCUGGACCCCCAAAGCAGCAGCAACAACCGGACUACCGUAUGGGUCAACAUACCGGCUGUGACGUGGUGCCGUAGCGCGGUGGUGAUGAUGCAGUACAGUGUGAUGGCCAACAACUACUGGCUGCUGGUGGAGGGGAUUUACCUGCACAGCCUGCUGGUCAUCACUGUCUUCAGUGAGAGGAAGUACUUUUACAUGUACCUCACUAUUGGAUGGGGUGCUCCGCUCAUCUUUGUGUUGCCAUGGAUCACAGUCAAAUAUAUGUACGAGAAUGAAGAGUGCUGGGAGAGGAAUAUCAACAUGGGAUACUGGUGGAUCAUCCGUUCACCGAUACUCUUCGCCUAUCUGAUCAAUUUUUUCAUCUUCAUACGAAUCAUUAAAAUCCUCAUGUCCAAGCUGAGGGCCCACCAGAUGAGAUACACCGACUACAAGUUCAGGUUAGCCAAGUCUACUCUGACUCUAAUCCCCCUACUGGGGAUUCAUGCCAUCCUCUUCACCUUCGUCAUCGACGAGUCGGUUCCCAAAGGCUCCAUGCUGCGUCUGAUCCGACUCUUCUGUGAUCUACUCUUCAACUCCUUUCAGGGCCUGCUUGUAGCCAUUUUGUACUGUUUUGUCAACAAAGAGGUGCAGUCAGAGAUGCUGAAGAAGUGGAAGCGGUGGAAGCUAGGCAAAGACAUCGAUGAGGAGUAUCGUCACACCUACAGCCAGACGCCUCACAUGAAGAGCUGCAACGUCCCGGAUCUCCAUGACGACAACCCCGGCGAGCCUAAAUCUGACUUCCAUAUGAGCGCUCAUAUCAAAGCUCCCGACACUGGCACGACGUGCCCGGCGGCGCCCAGCCAGAGUCGGAGAUUAGUCGUCACCUACACAAACGGGAUGGGCAAAGGACAGUGCACCAAGAGCAAAGUGGCCCGUCACUUCUCUUUCACGCAGCGCAGAGGCGCCACCUGUCACAACAGUAGCACCGCAGAUGAUGUGUGUCUGGGAGAGCCAGCCCACGGCCACUCGCACGCCCUGGAGGGAGAGGAGACCACGGUCUGAUCCAGCCACAGAAGCCUUCUGGAGGUUCUCCACGUGAUUUAUGAAGAAAGAAUGACGGGGCUCAUUUUCUGUACGGGAAGUCAUGUUUUUAUCUCUGGAAUCAUGAUUGAGUUUGGAUCACUGCGCCUGGACAAGAAGCAGUUAACUUCAGCACUGGAGAAACCCUGCAGUGCUCUGAUGUGUGAACAGUGUAUGUGACGGCUGAAGACUUACGUACCGUGCCCAUUUCCGUCUCUCUUGUUAAAACGCUACUGCUAUUUUUGUAAAAAAAAAAAAAAAAUAUAUAUAUAUAUAUAUUAGUGGUGGGACUUUAACAAGUUAAUUCCGAUUAAUUUAUUACAACAAAAUAAUUUAAUUCAAUUUAAUUUAAUUUAAUUUAACAGUAUACUUGUAAGUGCAGGAGCUCCUGGUCCACUGAUCCCACUGAUGCACAAGACACAUGGCAGCUAGGAUGAUAACAACAACAACAAACAUGGAGGAAUCCCUGAACAAAAGCAGACAAAAGCAGAGAGUUUGCUUUUGUUCAGGGAGGUUUUUCGCUACACAUUGGUCAGAGUUUCCACUACUCUGAAUGUACUUGAAAUUCUUCUACAAUUGAAAUUAUUAUACAAAUAUUUCUAAGACAUUAAAAGAGCUUUACUUUAAAUGAGGUGAUAUAAAAACUUGAAUGUAGCCACCGUCGUGAUUUAUUGUACUAUUGUCAAACUGAUGCAAAAUAAACAAUGUUUUGUUGUUUAAAUGCAUGUAUGGGUCCAUCACUCGAUUCAGUAAUAUACCAAAUUCAUUGAAAUAAAAAAAUGUGGCUUCAUGCGGCAAAUAUUCUUAUACGAUUAAAGUGCGAUUAAUUGACAUUAUUUCAGCACAAAUUCUCUAAUUAACUAGAUUAUUUUUUUAAUUGAAUCCCACCCCUAAUAUAUAUAUAUAUAUAUAUAUAUA